AUGACUCUAGAGGUACUGAACUUGAUAUAUUUUGAUACACCCUUGAAGGAGGAAGCAUUCCAUGCCGUAUUUAAAAACCUUGGUGCGAAGGGAAGUCAUGGUCCAUCAGCGUCAGAUAAUCCCUACGCAGGUCAAGAUCAUUACAGACAAGUUACGAUAACUAACGGUAUUCAACAGUGGACCGUGCCGUACACUGGUUACUACAUAAUAGAAGCCACAGGAGCGGCAGGAGGGUGUGAUCAUGAUCGGUACCCUUGUGGAGGCAAAGGAGCAAAAAUGAUAGGAGAAUUCCGCCUGAAUAUGAGUGAAGUCAUACAAGUGCUUGUUGGCCAAGAAGGAGGGAGCAACAUUAACGCAUGGAGUUCAGGAGGCGGUGGAGGUACAUUUGUAGUGAGGGGAAAUUCCACGCCAUUGAUAAUAGCUGGUGGAGGUGGAGGAGGCGGGCUGAGAGAUAAGAAUAGACAUGGAAAAUGCAAUGCCAACACAGGCACGACAGGGAAUGCUGGUUAUGAAUCAUGGCCAGGGGGAAGCAAUGGAACUGGUGCUUAUGAGAAUGCUACUGAGUACUCUGAUGUUGGAGGUGACGGAGGUGGAUUUUAUUCCAGUGGUGCAGGAAACGGAGGUAGGGAUGGCAAGGGCUUUCUUAAGGGCGGAUCAGGGGGACAAAUCUCGCCCAAUUCUCAAAAGGCAGGGUUUGGUGGAUUCGGGGGUGGUGGGGCCCGGUCACGUUUAGGGGGUGGGGGAGGUGGAGGUUACUCCGGUGGAAAUGGUGGAAAGUAUUCCUGUGGUGGCGGGGGAGGAUCUUAUAACGUCGGGAGAAAUCAACAAAAUAACUGUUGUGACUGGACAUCUUCUGGUCAUG